AUUGUUUUCAUUUGAACCAUGGGAUAUAUUUUGUAAAGACCAUUUGUUUAUAAUUUGAUUGAUAUAUAACUGAGCAACCGAAAUGAAUAAAAAAAAUGAUAUUGAAAAUGCAGAUAUGUCAGCAGAACGUGCUGCUCAGGUUAACAGCGUGAUGUGCAUUGUAAACGAAUCCAUUGAAAAAUUAAAAAUUUCCUUGGUAAUUCCAAAAAUACUGGAGAACCCGUUGACCGUAAGCAGACACUUAAAAGGGACAAAAUAUGAAGACUGCUUACAUAUUAUACAAUCCUAUUUAACAAUGAAGAAACCCGAUGUAAAGUUAUAUAGACCUGAAGAAUGUAUGCAAUUGCUACAAUUGAUCGAUAUGUUUCAUGAAAAUUAUGAAAUGUUGAAUAACCUACCUAACUGGUUGGAUGAAUUGAGCCAUGUGGAUAAAUCUCUUUUAAAUUCUUUAACACUGUUACAAAACAUUGCCGAGGAGCGAUUAAGUAAAUCUGCCAUAGCUGAACUUGCAAAAGAAAAAAAAAUCCAUCAGGUGUAUCAUGAUAAUGAACAGAUGAAGAGGAACAUUAGAGAAUUUCAGGCCAAAUUACAUAAUCAAAAAAUUAACUUGAGAUGGAAAUUGGCAGCUAAGGAUGGUAUUAUUAAAAAGUAUGAGGCAGAUUUGGCAUUUAAAAAAUGGGACAAUAAUGUACAUAUAAGAGAAGAGUUGGUGAAGUCCAGCAGGCGUAUACAUAAUAUCCAUGUCGCUAGCGUCAUAAAACAAAAAGAAUUGGAGGAAGAACUAGAGAAAGCGAAAAUUGCAUAUGAAAAAAUGUUAAAAGAGAAUCUGGCACACGAGAAAGAAGUUCGCGAUGAAAAAAAUAAACUUUUAUUGCAAUUGCAAGCGUUGGUAAAGAAAUUCGAUCAAAAUAUUGGGGAAAAAAUUAAAGAGAACGUUUACUUGCAAGAGGAAUAUGACGAGCAAAAACGACAGUUUGACGAAUUUCUCGAGGAAUACCAACGCGAGGAGGCUGAAUAUGAAGCUAUCGUUAAAACAAAAGAGGAGGAAGAUCGACGAAAGCACGAGGAGAAAGUAAUGCUGUUUAUGAUGACUCGUGCCGCGAAAAUUAUUCAACGGGCUUAUCGACGUUAUCGUCGAAGCAAAAAAAAGGUGGAAAAGAAAAAGAGCAAAAAGAGGCGUAACUAAAAUUGCUUUGAAUACUUAACUUAUGCAUACACUCCUCAUGGAGCCACUUUAAAUCUACGGUAGACGAUCGAAUCUAGGCACUCAAUGAAUUUUUUAUAUAUCGAGAAAUAUUUUUCGGAAAAUUGUAGUUUUUGUUCUGAAUGUUUGUAAAAAACAAAUAAAAUAAUUCUCGCAAUCAACCAAAAAAAAGAAAAUAUUUUGUUUGAUUCUCAACUCAAAAAUGUCUCGU